AUGCUACCAAGACGGCUCGCGUCGCGCGCGCCGGUUUCCUCGCAGCAGGAUCGACCUCGACAUCCUCCGCCAGGCCCUUCUACGAGACGCCGACCUGUCGACUCGCCACACCUCGCCUUGCCCGCCCUCGAGUCGACCGUCCACCCUCGGCCUCGCACUCGUUCGUCCACCACCGACUGGCUCGCAUCUCGCGGUCAUGGCCCCGGCAUCUUCAUCAUCAUCGUCAUCGUCGUCGUCGUCGUCGUCAUCAUUCACCCGCCAGCCUGUCACCGGCAACCUCGAACAACGCUCACGUUCCACGUCGUCCUCUACGCCCUCAACUACCUCUUCGACACGCUCGUCGCCGACCGAGACCGUCGCCGCUACGGCUCGUCGUCGUCGGCGUGUCCCGGGCUCGGCGAGUCGACUGGCGACCCCUUGCCCGCGCACAGGCUCGUCGGCGGCCUCUCUCGUCGGGCCGAGCUACUCGAGGGCAGCGUGCGAGGUGGGAGGAGACAACCUCUGGCCUACACACCGCGCGACGACCACCGCACGCCAUCGACCCGUCGAGACAGCACGGUAUCGGACAUGGACGCCCUUCCCGUGGCACCAGCUCCUGUCGUCGACAAGAACGAGGCGGAUAUCGAGGCUGCGCUCGUCAAGGUCGAGCAGUUGCUCAAGAAAGCCGAGGUCGACUGGUGGCCUCGCGAGAUGAUCCCGGGCGCCCCUGAGCAGCUCAAGCUCCUGACCAAGGCGUCGGUCGCCAACAAGCUCGUCCCGGUCAUCAAGUGGGUCGUCGGCGUCGACGCGGCCGGGAACGCGCUCAAGCUCACGCUGCCCGGCCCGACCGAGGUCCUGAGACGGUGGAUGGCGUUCCUCGAGGCGUUCACCGCGACCGGCAUGAGCCCGCAGUGGGCUGUCAAGUCGCUCGCCUCGGCGCUCAACAUGGUCAAGGCCAAGUUCACGGCGGACGAGGCCGCCGCCGCCGCCAAGGACAAGGAGGAGAAGGAGCGUCCGGCCCGCGAGGCCGCCGAGCAGGAGCAGCGCGAGCGGCACGAGGAGCAGGAGCGCCGGCUCGCCAAGAUGGAGAGGACGACCGAGGCCGCCAACUUCAACUCGGAGGUCGCCGUGCGCAUCGCGACAAAGAGCCACAACAUGACGCUCAAGGACACGCCGCGGCCCAAGUUUGCCGCGUCGCCGAGCCGGCCUGGCAGCAACGCUGUCGCAAGGUCGCGCGGGCCGGCGUCCGCGUCGCCCCUCUCGCGCUCGUUCGGCGCCCUGUCGCUCGCCGCCGCGGCCCCGUCGUCGCCCGAGGCCUCGACUUCCUCGUCCUCGUCCUCGCCCUCGCCCUCGCCGGCGCCGUCGCCCUCGUCCUCGCGCGCCCUCGGCCCGCGCCGCCGGACUACGUCGAUCUUCGGCGGCUCGCCCGCGUCGAACGCGCACGCCUCGUUUCGCCCCGACCCCACUCCCACCUCCUCGUCCCCCUCGCCGUCGUCGUCGUCGACUCCCGACCUCGCUCUCGGCGCUCGCGCUCCCCCGCACCGCCACGCUCCCUCGAGCGCUCCGCUCCCGCCGUCGGCCUCGUCGUCGCAGCAGGCGACGUUCGGCGUCUCGCCCGCGCUCGCCACCCCGCCGACCUCUCGCCCGGCGCCGUCGCGCCACUCGUCGCGCCACCCGGCGUCGCGGUCGUCGUCGUCGCGCCCGUCGGUCGCCGACUCGCGAGCCGCCCCGACCGCCGCCGCUCGUGUCGCCGCCACGCCUGCCGCUCUCACCUCGAGCGCCAGCACGGAGGCGCAGGGCAAGGACCGUGUCAAGGUGCACAAGGUCAAGCGCGAGGUCGACGAGCGCGAGCACGAGCGCGAGCCGAAGGUCAAGGUCGAGGACGUCGAGGUCAAGCUGGAGGACAACGAGGCCGACCGCAAGCCCAAGGUCAAGGCCGAGAGCGACGAUGCCGAGCACGAGGCCAUGCUCAAGGGCACGACCAACGUCGCGCGCGAGCAGGGCGCUCGCACCGGCGGCCGCAAGUCGUGGGGCGACGUGGGCCGCGGUUUCCCGAGCGGCGAGCGCCCCGGCGAGGCGUCGUCGGCGGCAGCAGCUGUCGUGCCGCACAGCCCGUCGCCGGCGUCGUCGUCCUCGUCGUCGUCCUCGUCGUCCUCGUCGUCCCGCUCGAUGGCGAGCACACCGUCGCGCCCCGCCCGCCCCAAGCCCAAGUUCAAGACGGGCCCUAACCUGCGGACCAUCGCCACCCUCAAGUCCGCCAAGGCCACCGCCGCCAAGACUGCCGCCGAGAACGCCGACGCUCGCCCCGGGCGUGCGACGUGAGCCAUCGGCUCUUCCUUUCCCUGCUCGUCUCGUCCCGUUUUGCCCUCUCGCCCCCUCUUCUUGUAGAACCACCCCGCUUAUACGUGUCGUUGCUAUUCCAUUCUAGAAGUGCCCUGUC